GUAAGUGAAAAGAAGCACGAAAAGGGCGAGUCGGCGGCAAGAUGGCGUACGUUGUUUGGCGCGUGCUUUUGAAGCAGUACUCAAAGGUUCGGCUGGGCAUUCAGAGGAACCCAUCGGUGGAGGAUGAAAUUUCUCCCACAACCCGUCGCACCAAAUCUUUUGACGAUCAAGCGUGGAAAGUGCAUGACGAAACGGUAAACCUAUCCGCAAACAUUUCCGCCAUAUCAACUACUGCACUGGCGAUUCGUUCGCCCCAGGUAGACUACGAUCUGGAGUCGCUAGGCAGCACCAGAGAGCCCCGCUCGAGAUCGUCCGGGCUGGAUGAAGUGUUGGUAGCAGGCGGUACGGAAGAUAGUGCCACCCUAAACCGUGGUGAAGUGCGCAAAAGUCGCUCCAAAAUGAAGAGUUACCUGAAACGAUGUAAGGAUGUGCUGAUUAGUGGUGUGGUAGGACAUACUGGCGGUGUUACGCCCAGUUGUCCAAACGCUAGCUCGCCCGAGGAUCAUCAGGAUGUGGUGGUGUACCAUGCGCAGAGCGAUGAAUCACAGCCGAAUAGUGCGUCGUGCUGGUAUCUGGAUGAUCAUUUGAUGGAGUUACGGCCGGAGGAUAACCGUGAGCCAUAUUCCUCACUCGCUUCAGCACGGCUGAAGUCAGAGUUGGAGGAGUCACGAAUGGCCAGAGAGCGAAGGCUGAACGAGGUUUCAGAAGUUGGAGCGGAGGUACCAACUGCAAAUGUAACGACAAUUGUGACAAAUACUUCGAGCAGCAGUAUAGCAAAAAUUGGAGAAAUUUCGGAACAUUUAACCGAAAGUACAUCAAUUGCGGAUGUAAUUCCUGAGGAUCCUGGACCUACUCCGGAGCUGCACGCGGAUGCGCUACCCGGGGACUGUUUAUCAUCGGCGCAUGGCAGUAGCGGCAGUGGUAGCAGCAGCAGCAGCAUCGAGAGUUUGAUCGACCAUUACCUGGGGCCACUGUAUCCGGACUAUGUGGACCACACGCGUCCGAUGCUGAUCCGACAGGCGCGCGAUUUGCUCGUCUGCACGUUCCACGGCGACUUGGAGCGAUUCGAGGCUGAUUUCCUGCGUCCGGCCACCGAUAUCGUCCGGGAGUUGCGAUGCGCUUAUCAACGUGGCAAGGCACAGAACGACGAUGGUCUGCGGUGA